CAUUCUUUUAUAUAAAAUAGUAAAUUAGCCUGCUAAGAACAUGGAGUCAGAUCCAUCCUUUCCUCCUUCAUCCGGGGGACCCAGCAAAUACCACAAUCCCCGCCAACCAUGGGAAUGCCUUCCCAAAAACCCCCCUGGGAGGGUGGGAUUCUGCUGUGGCCAGGGGGGGUUUGUGCUGAUUGUGUGCCAGUAAGGAUCCCAAAUGGAUUUAUUUCUUCUCCCCCAUGGAACCCCCGGAACAGCAACUGUUCAACUGCCAGGCCCUGCGCAAGCUCAGCAUCCCCGACAACGACCUGUCCAGCCUCCCCACGUCCAUCGCCAGCCUGGUCAACCUCCGUGAGCUCGACAUCAGCAAGAAUGGAAUCCAAGAUUUCCCAGAAAACAUUAAGUGUUGUAAGUGUUUAACAAUAAUCGAAGCCAGCGUCAACCCCGUGUCCAAGCUGCCAGAUGGCUUCACACAACUUCUAAAUUUGACCCAGCUCUAUCUAAACGAUGCCUUUUUGGAGUUUCUUCCAGCUAACUUUGGAAGACUUGUCAAAUUGCGAAUUUUGGAGUUAAGAGAAAACCACUUGAAAACUCUACCAAAGUAAGUGCUAGGGUCUUUCCAAUGAUUCACCUGGAAUUUCCAGAAGUGCCAAAUAUCUGGAUUGCCUGAGGUUCUUGAACAAAUCCAGAAUCUGAAGGAGUUGUGGAUGGACAAUAAUUCCUUGCAAGUGCUACCUGGGUCUAUAGGGAAGUUAAAACAGCUCGUGUACCUGGAUGUGUCCAAAAACAGGAUCGAGACGGUCGACCUGGACAUCUCGGGCUGUGAGGGGCUGGAGGAUCUCCUCCUCUCCUCCAACAUGCUGCAGCAGCUGCCAGAUUCCAUAGGAUUGUUGAAGAGACUGACAACCCUGAAAGUGGAUGACAACCAGCUCACCAUCCUGCCCAAUGCCAUCGGAAACCUGUCCCUGCUGGAGGAAUUUGACUGCAGCUGCAACGAGCUGGAGUCGCUGCCCUCCACCAUCGGGUACCUGCACAACCUGCGCACCCUGGCCGUGGACGAGAACUUCCUGCCGGAACUGCCCCGAGAGAUUGGGAGCUGUAAGAACGUGACUGUGAUGUCCCUGCGCUCCAACAAACUGGAAUUUCUGCCUGAUGAGAUUGGCCAGAUGCAGAAACUGAGGGUGUUAAAUCUGAGUGAUAACAGCUUCACUUUCAUCACUAUUCCCAGCUUCACAUUCAUCACCGGCAAUCCCUGUUGUCCCUUUGGAUGAGCCCACAGGUUCACACCAAGGAGAGCUGGGGCUCCCCUUCCUGCUGGAGCAUUC